CGGCCGGGACUCGAGGAGAAGGAGAGGACGGAGAAGAGGAGGAGGAGGAGGAGGAGGAACAGCGUUUAACUUCACAGCGGGUUAACUCCACAUGUCGGGCUGAACUCGUCCUCACGAUGUGAAGUUUAAACGGAACUUUUAUCGCGGAACGUCCGCAGGAUUUAACCCACCGGCGGAGCGCCAUGGACGGGACAGCCGGAGCGGCAGCUCCCCUGUGACGGUCCGACACGGAGCUACAGUGCGGAGUUCACACGGUGACAUUAAUUACCUUUCAAAAUGGCGUCUUUUUUUAUCUACUUUAUCAUAAAUGAAGUUUAAACCGGACGUCAGCUAACGGCCACACACAGACAGGUCAAACUGAAGCUAGCUUAAAGCGCUGUCAGAUGCCUCUGCUCACUGGGAGGGCUACUGGUUUCUACUGGUUUCCACUGUGUGCGGCUUGUUUACUGUAAAACAAGAGUUUAUGGAUUUCCUCCAGCGUCACUGUGAGUAAACAACAACAACAACAACAACAAACAUGUAUGCAGGACGGAAGAGAAGAAAACCGGCUCAGAAAGGAGUCAAACCGACCCCAGCCGAAGGCACCAAGUCCAACCCGUCCAAACGCCACCGUGACCGCCUGAACUCAGAGCUGGACCGGCUCGCCAGCCUGCUGCCCUUCCCCGAAGACGUCAUCUCCAGCCUGGACAAGCUGUCCAUCCUGAGGCUGAGCGUCAGCUUCCUCCGCACCAAGAGCUUCUUCUCCGUGGCGCUGAAGAAGAACCAGCUGUCCAACGGCGUGAAGAAGAGCAGCGAUCACAGCGGCGGUCGCGUACCUGAGGGGGAGCUGCUGCUGCAGGCCCUGAACGGCUUCGUCCUGGUGGUGACAGCUGAGGGAAUCAUCUUCUUCUGCUCUCACACCAUCCAGGAUUACCUCGGCUUCCAUCAGACUGACGUGAUGCACCAGAGUGUGUUUGAGCUGAUCCACACUGAAGACCAGCAGGAGUUCAGGAGCAACCUGCACUGGGCCCUCAACCCCCCUGCAGGCCUCGGCCCCCCCACAGAUCCCUCACCAGAUGGCGAGUCGGUGUCAACCUCUUCCUGCCUGGUGAGCUACAACCCCGACCAGCUCCCACCUGAAAACUCGUCCUUCCUGGAGAGAGGCUUCGUCUGCCGCUUCCGCUGUUUGUUGGAUAACUCCUCCGGCUUCCUGGCGCUGAACAUCCAGGGGCGGCUCAAGUUCCUCCACGGUCAGAGCCGGCAGCAGUGCGACAGCGAGGGGAGCACCCCGCCUCAGCUCGCCCUGUUCGCCAUCGCCACGCCCCUACAGCCUCCGGCCAUCUUGGAAAUCAGGACCAGGAACAUGAUCUUCAGGACCAAACACAAGCUGGACUUCACACCCAUGGCCUGCGACGCAAAGGGUAAAAUUGUUCUGGGCUACACCGAGGCGGAGCUGAGAGUUCGAGGUUCGGGUUACCAGUUCAUCCACGCUGCCGACAUGCUGUACUGCGCCGAGAAUCAUGUCCGAAUGAUAAAGACGGGCGAGAGCGGCCUCACCGUCUUCAGGCUGCUCACGAAGGACAACCGGUGGAAGUGGGUCCAGGCCAACGCCAGGCUCGUCUACAAGAACGGCAAGCCGGACUACAUCAUCGCCACCCAGAGGCCCUUGGUGGACGAGGAAGGAGGGGAGCACCUGAGGAAGAGAUCGAUGCACCUUCCCUUCACCUUCGCCACAGGAGAGGCGAUGCUCUACCAGACCGGUUACCCGCUGCACGGCUUCCCCGAUUCCUUCCAGGGCAAGUCCAAAGGCAGCAAGUCCAAGAAAGGCAAACUGGACAAGAGCUCCUCAGACGACCUGGACCCAAAGUCGCUGCUGGGAGCGCUGAUGAGCCAGGAUGAGUCCGUGUACGUCUGCCAGCCAGACACGGAGCCUAAGAUGUCGUACCACAGCAGCCUUUUUAGCGAGCAGCAAGGUGAUGGUGACGGUUUUGGUGGUUUGUUAGGCGGUGACAGCUGGCAGAUCCCGUCUAACGGGGACACAGAGAGAUGCAACAGCAAAGCAUCAAGUUACGACCCACUGCUGGCCACUUUGGACUCCCUGUCUCUGGACGGAGACGAGACGUGCUCCAACAGCGAGCUCUUUAGCGCCCUGGAGAAUCUCGGCUUGAACGCCGAGGACCUGGAGCUGCUGCUGCUGGACGAGAGGAUGAUCCAGGUGGAGCUGGGCCCCAACCACAUCCCGACGCUUAACGACCUUCUCACCAAUAACGAAAUCCUCUCUUACAUCCACGACUCGCUGGAGAGCGCGACAGAAGGAGGGGAGAGAGGUGGAUUUGGACCGCAGAACACAGACUCUGCCCAAAGCGUCUCCCAGCAGCCACAGACGUGCCCCCCACCCGCUGUCCCUCCACCUCUCCCCAUCACCCAGCUGUCACAACAGAUGCAGCAACACAUCAGUGCAGGUGAGCUGGCGAAAACUCAGCCUGUCAUUCAGUCUGUCUCCCAACCUGCGGACACCAAGGUUUUAACUAACGGUCACUGGGUGGUGACGACAGGGAACCACCAUCACCCCAACAACCACACCCACCAUCACCCACAUACUGUGCUCAAAGCCUCACAGCUGAACGGUGAACAUAAACACCUUAACGCGCUCCUGGAGUCCAGUCAGCAGUGGCAGCUACAGCAGGACCAGCACCCGCUCCAUCUCCAGUCCCAUCAGCAGCUCAGCAGCCAGAGCGCUCCGCCGCCCGCCUUCCAGAGUCAGCUCGGACUUACCACUAACGGAUCUUACAUCCCAAAUGGACACGCAGCCUUUCCACCCAAUGUGGAGGUCGGCCACGCAGGCUACAACCUCUCCAACGCACCGCACGCAGGUGCUGCUGCACUGAACGGCUUGACCACACCGGACGUCUGUCACUACCAGAGUCGGCCGUACCAGCUGCACCAGAAACACCAGCAGCAGGUGCCACCAUCCUGUUUGCCCCAGAGCUCUGCACUGGAGUUGGAGCAGUUACUGGGUCUGUCGCAGCCACAGCACAGCCUGCCGUCGUUAGAGGCUUACAGCAUGUUCAACACCACCACACAGGAACCCUCUCACAGCAAGCUGGAGAACGGCUGCCUCCUCAGUGCCACCAACACAGCGUACAUCAGGACGUGUCUGAUGCCUAAUGGAAACGGAGUGGCGACAGGCGAUAUCCCCGAUGGACUCCCCGCCCUGCAGGACCCCCAGAAAUCUGGAUUUUUCCUCUGAAAGGAUGACGGCAGAGUGUCAGAGGAGAAGAGAAGGUAGAGAAGAGGCUCAGAAAGGACUUUGCACUCGUGCUACUCUGAGAACCAACCAGGAAAGACGUUUUAUAUCUGUCACGCAUUUUAGUGUUGCUAGCUGUGCGCUCACUGAACGUUUCAUUUUCAUGUUUGGAUAAGAUUUGUGCUCUUUGUUGCCAGUCAGGUGUUUCCAGGUUGCUGGAGCAUGAGCCUGACAGGAGCGUCACUCUCUGACCUGUAUAUACACCGGAGAAACACUCAGCGAGGCCGCUCACUUCAUUAAACCAGGCUCUUUUUAUCUGGUGCUCAGAUAAGUUAAAAAAGAACGAGGAGUUCCUGUUUCGCUGGAUCACUAAAACUGUUUAACAGAGAUAAACUCAGCUCAGACAAUCAGUACGUUAGCUAAGGAUGCACGAUUAGAGGACAAUUUGUGCUAACGUUAAAUAUUGCGAUGACAGUAUUACUCGUGAUGAAUAAACAGAUGUUAAAGUGUACUCUGCCAAUACAAAGGAAUAAUAGUUACAGUUUAAAGUGCAGUUGCUGCUCUAAAACUCUCUUUCAACCGACUCCAAAAAUGCCAGAUUGAAAUAACGCACUUAUAAUGACGAUAAUAAAAACAGUAUCGUGUGCAGCCCCAGUUUUAGCACCAUAUAAUGUUGGAGCUGGGUUAUUUAAAGUGCUGUCUACAUAUAUACAGAUAUUUUUCUACGUUUUGGGCUCUUGUCCGCACACAAACACACUUGUCUUGUGUUGGUUGAACACUCAACGAAGGUCCAGAAGGAUCGAAACAUUGGUGUCACUAGUAAAUUGUGAAGCUGAAGCUGCGUCUGAGACAGGUGGAUGUGCUGAUACCUUUCUUCAAACCGAGAGUGGGAUUGUUGUCAAUGAAGGCUUUGCUUUGGCUUUGAGUGAGCUCCUUUGUCCUCACAUCGAAGGGGAAUAAACCGUCAUGAAAUGUACAGUUGAAGUUUUUAGCUUCUACACUUCACUACCUUUGCGACGAGGGGAGAAUGUGGGAGUCAUUUUUGCAUUCUCGUGUGUACGGCUAUGUUUUGUACAUCAAAAGUUGUGUGGACAAAAGGCGAAAAAAUCAGUUUAAAAAAUAUCUGUAUCCAUGUAGACAGGGCCUUAAUUGUCUCGCCUUCGUAAUGUGCGUCCUUCACAUCACUGCUGACCAUUUCCUAAAGCGUACUGUGCGUUUUAAGAUUCCUACUAAGCAAGUAAAUAAAGCUGCAUAAGAUUGACAAGCUCCAGCAUCUAAAAAGUUAGAUUGUAAUUGCUAAACCAACGACUGCCUGCAAACUAAGGAAUAUUCCACCUUAAAGCUCCAGUGGGUAAGAUUAAGGGGGCUAUAUCUGCAGAAACUGAAUAUAAUAUAAUAAGUAUGUUUUCUUUAGUGUAUAAUCACCUGAAAAUAAGAAUUGUUGUGUAUUCGUUAGCUUGAAAUGAGCUGUUUAUAUCUACAUAGGAAGCAGGUCUUUGCUUAUGUGGAUUGCCAUGUUUCUUUCUACAGUAGCCCAGAACGGACAAACCAAACACUGGCUCCAGAUAAGGCCACUCACGUUUUUGUGUAGGGCCCCGACCCCUAGAUUUGCGCGUUCCCACGAGGGUUAGGGGUGUCCCAAUUCCUUUUUGCGUGUAGGGGGCAUAACGAGGGGUAGUGGGUAUGAAACUAGCCC